AUGUUAGAAAGGAUUUAUUCAACAAACUCGAAAACGAGUAAUUUUAUUAACCGUUCGCCCGUGAAUGAUGGGUUAGAAGUAUAUGGUUUUUCAUCAAGAGGAAUAUCAUUUAAUAGAAACUAUGACUCGUGGGCAUACUUGCGAAAAUUUUUCAUACGUGCAGUAAUGACUCCGUCAUUUGUUAAACAGGCUUUGGUAUGGUCCGAAAAGAAUUUUGAAGAGAUGGAAGGUUAUUGGAAGAAACUUUAUGGGGAUGAUCAUAAUGAAUUGGAUUUAUCCGAGUGGUUAGGUCGACUUUAUACUGAUAAUAUCUUUCAUAUCACGGCAAAUAAAAAGGUUUAUGCGUUAGCAAACUAUUUCAAUAAACUUUCUCCAAGGGAAAAGGUUAGCGUGGAUUCUACAAGUAUUAUGGAACGAAGUUCUAAUGAAACCCUUACCGAACCGUUAACCGAUGAAGCUAUAAUUGGUAACUUUAUGGAAACGACCGCUGGAGGUAUUGAUUCCAUUACUUCCUCAACAUGCUUUAUCAGUUAUUUUAUGGCCAAAUACCCUGAAGUGAAGAAGCGUGUUUUUGAAGAAAUCGAUUCAAAAUUUACACGUGAUCAGAAAUUGACUUGUGGAGAACUAAACCAACUUCCUUAUUGUGAUGCGGUGAUUCGAGAAAUUUCUCGAAUGCAUCCAAUCGCAGAACUUAAUUAUCGUGUGAAUGCCCAGGAAGAAACUUUCAAUGGUUACGUAAUUCCUGCCGAAACUCAAAUUUAUAUACAUCAAUAUGCAAUGAUGGAAUUGAAAGCGUAUAUGGUAUUGAUGUACCGAAAAUAUGAUUUUGAAUUGGUUGAUAAGAAUGCACCUUUGAAAACUCACUAUUCUAUUAUUAGAGCUUGUGAUGAAUUGAAAGUUAGGGUUAAGCCCAGAGUAUUCUAA